UUUGCAAGACGAACACGAACGACCCUUGCUCGUUUCCAUAUAGCGCCGUCCGAAUGCUCAAGGUACCCGCGUCACCUCCGGCGACGGCGAGUUCCUCAGCCGCGACGAACCACGAGCUCUAAUCGGAGAUGAUCGGCGACGUAGAAAAGAUGGUCGCCGUCGGUCUCGUCUGGGGCGCCACCAAUGCCCUCAUGCGGCGGGGCGCGAUCCUCUGGGACCAAUCCCUCAAGUCGCCGCCGCCGCCGCCGCCCGCCGGUCCCCAGCACCGCCGCAAGAUCCACCGGAGAGCCCUCGCCUCGCUCAGGAGCUGGCUCGGCCUCAUCCUGAUCUGGCAGUACUCGGUCCCCUUCGUGAUCAACCUCUCGGCCUCCGCCACUUUCUUCGCCAUCCUGAGCCACGCGCCGAUCUCCCUCGCCGUGCCCGUGACCAACGCGACCACGUUCGCCGCCACCGCCGUCUGCGGCGCGGCCCUCGGCGAGGAGACCCGCUUGGGUCCCGCGGUUCUGGGUACGGGUCUCAUCGUUGUCGGUGUCUGGCUUUGCAUCUUGUGAAUGUCUGGCUUUGUAUCUCGGAUACGAUGAAAGCUCUUGUUUUUCGCUUGUCAGAUCCAGUUUUGCGUCCAUUGUUUGUAUUUAUCCUCUGUUUCAGCUAAGUUGAACCUUUUUAGUUUUUUUUUCCUCUCUCUUUGUUCUGCAUCCUAGCUUGUGAUUGAUUAGCUCAUAGUCUGCUAUGAUGAGAUAUGAACUGCUGAGUUGAA